AUGGAACUCAUCCAACUCGUCACCGUAGUUCGAGUCCGAAAAGUAUUUCGAGCUGGCGAAUAUUGCGAUUGUGGACGAGUCAUUCAGCUUCGCCGAAAUGCGGCAAUUUUAAAGCAACUCAUGAAAAUGCGGUUGCUUUCAUUGCAUGGAAAAGGUGGGUGGAGUUUUCUCAAAGAAAUGAACUCUGAAAAAUUUUCGAAUAUUUCUAAUAUUGGGCCGAGUGAAAUCGAUAAUGAAAUUGAAUAUAUUGAUAUUAAUGAAAAUUGUAAUAAUUCAACGAUGCCAAACGCUAUUCCAUCACUUGAAAGUUUGCUUAAUAAAAUUAAAAAUUAUCAAAAUUAUGGAAAUGGAACGAAGUUAAAAAAGCGAGUCGUUACAAAAAAUGAACUCAGAAGGGCCUUAACAAAUUUUUACGAAUGUAUGCCGUGUGAAAAAAUCCCUUGCAGAGAGAUUGAAUUCCAUCUUAGGCAAAAAUGUCAGAAAAAAGACGAAGCUAUUGCAGAGUUAACGGGUAAUUUCAUGAGAAUAUACGAAUUCGCUUUAGAAUUGAGUGAAUAUAUUAAAAAAAAUUUUUCUGGAACUGAGAUUUACCGCAAGGUGACGGAUUGGGAAAAAAAUUCGGCGAUAUAUUCGGAAAUGGCAGCAAAAUUUUCACAUCUCCCAAUCAUCUCGCCGGAGAUGGAGAACCAUGAUACCCAUGAGGCUCAUAAAAAGGGCUCAGUGCAAAUAUUUUCACAGUCGUCCAUUGGGCCACAUGAACCUUAUGCACAAAAAUUAUUUGCUUAUCUUUCUGAUCCACGUCCAUCCUUCUUCGAAUACAUCGAAAAUAUGUAUCCUAAAUAUCGAAAAAGUGUCAUGAAUGCUGCUACGCAAACUUCAACUACUGAACCAUACGAUCAUUUUACGAAGAUAAAAUCACAUUCAAAAAGAAAAUUGUUAUUGCCAACUGAUGCAGAUCAAGCAAAAGGCCCUAUUGAAACGAAUGAGGUGAUUAAUAUUAGUGAUGAUGAGGAAUAA